AUGAAACCACUUGAAGAUUGCAGAUUCUGGUUUUAUGAGUGUGUUUGUGUGUGUUUGAGUGUUCAACUAAAUGCUUGUCAUUUUAAUGAACCAUCGCAGAUUCGAGAGUACAAGAGACAUGAAUGGAAGAUAUUUUCAGUCGAAGGAAAAGAAGAAGAGGAAAAAAAAUUAAAUCAACAUCGUUCACCUAAACAGGGAAGAGAAAUGCGUAACAGAUUAGAUGUUGACGAUAAAUGA